CUGUAAAGUCACUGGCAGAUGGCUCCACAGAGGAGAAACGUAUUCAGUUCCUGCAGGAGGCAGCCAUCAUGGGCCAGUUCAAACAUCCCAAUGUCAUCAUUCUCCAUGGGGUUCUUCUGGACAGCAAACAAGUUGGGUUGUCUUUUCUCAGUUUUAUCUCUAAGACUUGUAUUAUGUUAUCCUAUGAUGUUUUGAACAGAUAAUGAUUGUUGUUGAACUAAUGAAGAUCGGCAACCUUCUAACACAUCUUUGUUCAUUUAAGCCUAUGUAUGAAUAAUUUCAGCCACGUACACAAACAUUACACUUGUAUUGCUACAGAGAUGACUCUGAGAGUGUGCCUGCAAACACUGCUGCACUACUGCUGAGUUUCUGUCGUCAGAUUGCCUCAGGAAUGGCCUACUUGUCUGGGAAGGGGUUCAUACACAGAGACCUGGCAGCCAGGAACAUACUGGUCUCUCAUGAGGAAAUGUGCAAGAUUGCUGACUUUGGCAUGUCCAGAGCUCUGCAAGACACUGACUACUAUGUCUCUCGUGGAGGGAAAAUCCCUGUGAAAUGGACAGCUCCAGAGGCUCUCCACUACAAGAAGUACUCGACUGCCAGUGACGUGUGGAGCUUUGGAAUUGUCAUGUAUGAGAUAUGGUCUCCGGCGGCAAGGCCCUACAACUGGAUGACUAAUAAUGAGGUAUACCAGAAUAUCCAGUCAGGAUAUCGCCUCCCUCCCCCACCUGGAUGUCCUAGAGCUGUCUAUCAGACCAUGAUCUCUUGUUGGCACCCGGAGCCACACUCCAGGCCCACAUUCCCCGACAUCCAAACAGUGCUCCAGCGUCCAGACUUCAAGUUGCUGACAUGGAUGACAGAAGAUGUGGCUGCCUACACUGAAGAGGCCAGAACACUGGGAGCUCCCCUGGAUGCAGGAGAGGAACUCUACACUGACAUUCAAAACUGUUACGUGUUAAAGUAAACGUUUAUUUUGCCUUCACACAGUCACAGUUUUGACUCAUAAUCAUGUAUAUAUACACACCACAAUGGUGACUUGGUGUGCCAGCCAAACACACUCGGUCUU